AAACUAUUAAAUUCACAGAAGCGUCAAAGGGUAGCUACUAUAACUAAGGCAGACUUCAAGAUCCCAAAUAUUCACUUUUCAGUUUCAUAUAAUUCUCUGUAUUUUUUUCCAAGUUUCUUCUCUCCAUUACAAACAGAAAAACCGAUCUCAGAUUCUGAAUCUGAAUCAGAAUCUAGAUCGUAAUUAAAUAAUUUCAUUGUCCGAACCAAAAAGAAAAAGAAGAAGAAAAUGGCAUCGGAACAAGGCGGUGGCGAGGGGUUACGUCAGCGAGGAUGUUCAUGCACGAAAGAAGAUUUCUUACCGGAGGAAUCAUUCCAAAGCAUGGGGAAUUAUUUAAAAGCGCUUAAAGAAACACCGAGUCGGUUCUUGGAUCGUAUCACGACUCGGUCGCUCGACACCGACGAGAUCAACGAGAUAAAAGCUCGUAGUGGUCACGAGAUGAAGAAGACGUUGACGUGGUGGGAUCUGAUGUGGUUUGGUAUCGGUGCGGUCAUUGGCUCCGGUAUAUUCGUUCUCACUGGGCUUGAAGCACGUGAAACUUCCGGUCCAGCUGUCGUCUUGUCUUACGUUGUCUCCGGUGUUUCCGCCAUGCUCUCCGUCUUUUGUUACACCGAGUUCGCCGUUGAGAUUCCCGUUGCUGGCGGUUCUUUCGCCUACUUAAGAGUGGAGCUAGGCGACUUCAUGGCCUUCAUUGCCGCCGGAAACAUAAUCCUCGAAUACGUAGUCGGCGGAGCUGCCGUGGCUCGAUCAUGGACCUCUUACUUCGCCACUCUUUUAAACCAUAAACCUGACGACUUCCGCAUCGUAGCUCACCGUCUUGGUGAAGACUAUAGCCAUUUAGAUCCAAUCGCCGUCGGCGUUUGUGCCAUCAUUUGCGUUCUAGCAGUCCUUGGCACAAAAGGUUCAUCAAGAUUCAACUACAUCGCUUCUAUAAUCCACAUGGUCGUAAUUCUCUUUGUUGUCAUCGCCGGUUUUACCAAAGCCGACGUGAAAAACUACCAAGAUUUCACUCCGUAUGGUGUUAGAGGAGUGUUUAAAUCCGCAGCUGUUCUUUUCUUUGCCUAUAUCGGAUUCGAUGCGGUUUCCACUAUGGCUGAGGAGACCAAGAAUCCGGGGAGAGAUAUUCCUAUUGGUCUUGUCGGAUCGAUGGUGGUUACUACGGUUUGUUAUUGUCUCAUGGCGGUUGCGUUGUGUCUUAUGCAACCGUAUAGCCAGAUUGAUCCGGAUGCGCCAUUCUCGGUUGCCUUUUCGGACGUUGGAUGGGAUUGGGCUAAGUACAUUGUCGCGUUUGGUGCCCUUAAAGGUAUGACGACGGUUUUGUUAGUUGGAGCCAUUGGUCAAGCUAGGUACAUGACGCACAUAGCUCGGACCCAUAUGAUGCCUCCAUGGCUAGCUCAAGUCAACGCGAAGACCGGAACACCAAUUAACGCUACCGUAGUGAUGCUCUCCGCGACAGCUCUCAUCGCAUUCUUCACGAAGCUGAAAAUUUUAGCGGAUCUCUUGUCUGUUUCCACACUUUUCAUCUUCAUGGUCGUCGCUGUGGCUCUUCUCGUCAGAAGAUAUUACGUCACGGGAGAAACAUCGUCCAGUGACCGUAACAAGUUUCUAGUGUUCUUAGGUUUGAUUCUAGCGUCCUCGACAGCGACUGCUUUAUAUUGGGCCUUGGAAGAAGAUGGUUGGAUUGGGUAUUGCAUAACGGUUCCGAUAUGGUUCUUAUCCACAGUUGGGAUGAAAUUUCUUGUACCGCAAGCUAGGGCUCCGAAAGUUUGGGGUGUUCCUUUGGUCCCGUGGUUGCCUUCUGCUUCCAUUGCUAUUAAUAUCUUUCUUCUUGGUUCGAUCGAUAGUAAAUCUUUCAUUAGGUUUGCAAUCUGGACAGGUAUAUUGCUUAUAUAUUACGUCUUGUUUGGGUUGCAUGCAACGUAUGAUACAGCAAAGGCCACGUUGAAGGAGAAGAAUCAGAAGAUUAUGUUGCAGAAAGUUGAGGAAGGUGGUGUUGUUGCUGAUAAAUCCACAACUUUAGAUCCCUAGCUAGUUACGUUGGUUUUAACUUUCAAUCUACGUUAACUUUCAUGUUUUAGUAUUUGUCAGAUUCUUGUUUGCUUAAUUAGGGUUCUCUGAUGCAUCCACAUUGAUAAAUUUCAUCAGUGUUUUUGGAUCGUUAAAUAUAAAAGAAUUACAGAAAAGAGAUAUGGGUAUGUUAAAACAUAUAUAGUUGUGUUUC